AUGCCGAAGAAGCUUCCAGCGGAGUUGGAGGAUGAGAUACUUUAUCGUGUUCCACCUCUAUCUCUCGCUCGAUUCAGAACCGUUUGCAAACAAUGGAACACACUCUACAACGACAAGAGAUUCAUCAACAAUCACUUGGCCUGCGUCCGUCCUCAAUUCAUCUUACGGACCGAGAAUUCCAAGAUUUAUUCAAUAGGCAUCAAUCUCGAUGAUUCCUUAGAGGUGCGUGAGCUAAACCUAGAAACUCAUGAUCAGGGUCCUGAUAAGAAACUUAAGUUGUAUCGAAACAUGUUUUAUUGCGACGGGUUUUUGUUAUGCCCUGCUUUGCCUCGCGAGGUUGCGAUCUGGAAUCCAUGGUUGAGAGAACGACAAACUAAAUGGAUCGAGCCGAAGAGGAAUAGAUUCAAUUUAUAUGGACUAGGUUAUGAUAACGGUAGACCUGAUAAGGAAUACAAGAUAUUAGGGUUAAGUUAUGGUUUCAGUCAAGAGAUGGACGACGGCAGUGACACCAAAAUUGACCCGAGGGUUUCAAUCUACGAGUUUGCAACCAAUGCGUGGAAAGAUUGUAAGUUUGGUUUACUUGACUGGCACGUAAGGUCUCCACGGACUGUUUUAUCUUUGAAUGGAACUCUGUAUUGGAUUGCUAAGAGGUUUGAGAGUGGUGAUACUUUUAUCCAAAGCUUUGAUUUUUCAAGCGAGAGAUUCAAGCCAUUUUGUUUUUUGCCGUGUAAGAACGAUUUCGGAGAUACUCAAAUCCUUGAGGUUUUUAGGGGAGAUCGGAUUUCUGUGUUGGAACAAUGCAAGACAACAAAGAAGGUCAAGAUUUGGGUGACCAAGAACAUGAUUACUGGAGAUAUGAAGGAGAUUGUGUCGUGGAGACUGUUAAUGACGGUGUCGAUACCAGACUUCCCGAGAUUACAAAACCAUACACGCUGUAAUUCUCAGCCGAGUUACUACGUCGAUAACAAUGAUGACAAGAGGCUCAUUGUGUGUACUUGUGAUGAAAUUGGUAAGCCUUGCGUCUAUAUAGUGAAGGGAGAUAGGUUCAAGAAGAUUCAAAUGGGUUUUGAGGUUGAUCCUUGGCCUUUUCACCUUGUCUAUGUUCCUAGUUUGGUUCCCAUUCCUUUAGUUCAAGAGCAACGAGAAUGAGAAGUUUAGUUUUUAUUACAUUUUUGAGGUAUUAAUUUUAAGAGUUCAUUGUUUUAUGGAUUGGGUAACAUACUAAAUAAA